AUGUACGACUACCCAGAGCUGAAGCAGAUGAAGGUGCCUCUCAAGUCAGCUCUUUUCCAACUCACAGGUAUAUGUGCCAAGAUGCCAGACCUUAUCCGCUACCGUCAAUCCCUGUGGAAACCUACCGAGUCAACGACGGUUUCGCCCGGUUUAGAAGACAUCACAGAGGAGUUCCGCCGGACGGACCAGGAAGCAGGCACCAUCACAUCUGGCUUUCUCAACAAGAUGUUUGAGCUCGGCGAGGCAACCGAGGAGAAAGACCCAACCUCGAUCACAGGAACGAGUUACCACAUCUCAAACCUCCAGGCCGCACAGGGCCUCAUCGCCUUCUUCGGCUUCCGCGUAUGCAUCCUCCGCAUGCGCUACGACUGGAGCUGCGCCCACGGCCUCCCCAACACAACCGAAUUGCUCAGGGAUCUGAAGGCGCUCUGUGUGCAAGUCUGGAACUUCAUCCCGUACUUCUGCCGCUACGAGGCGUUUGUCGCGGUGACGUCCUCGCAAAGGGGCAUUAUACUUACAUAUGAGUUGGCCACUCUCGAACAAAAGGAGCGGCUUUUGGACAUCUACAUAGAUUUGGACAGCUACCGCAAACGGCUCCCCGAGGACCGAGCUUUGGUUGAGAUGGAAAUCGUCUCACUGGCUAGAUUAAUGACAGGUCGUAUGCCGCUACAAUGA